GGUGGACACUGGGGCUAGAACACUGCUUCAGAUCUGAUAUCAGGUUUAACAUUUAGUUGAAUUGUUUAAUGGUUGGGAAAUGAAGGCUCGGGAAAACUGAUCCUGGAACAGAUUACAAAUAAAAAAUAAAUAAAAAAUGCGGUCAGUGGCGCUGGAGAUGACGUCACUUCCGGGUGAAGGGUUUAAAGAGGAGUAGUGAGCGGCGUGAAAAUCAUUGCAGCCUUUUACUGCAAUGCAUUGGGUUCAUGUCGGAUAGUGAGUUCGGGGCAGUGGAAGUGGCGGGGAUGUGGGAGAAACGCAAUGGGAAACGUUUUCGUCGGGAAAGGACGCCCAAGUCGUGUAACAGAGCAGGACCGGGUUAUCUUGCAACUAAAACAGCAGCGAGAUAAACUGAAGCAGUACAAGAGGAAACUCACUGUUCAGCUGGAGAAAGAGAGGUUUCUAGCCAGGCAGCUGCUGAAGGAUGGGAAGAAAGAAAGAGCUCUUCUGCUGCUCAAAAAAAAGCGCUACCAGGCACAGCUUCUGGACAAGACCGAGACCCAGAUAAGCAACCUAGAGCGCAUGGUCCAAGACCUUGAAUUUGCCCAGAUUGAAGUAAAGGUCUUAGAAGGUCUGAAGGUCGGCAACGACUGCUUGAAGAAAAUGCAUGAGGCACUGUCCAUUGAAGAAGUGGAGAGAAUAAUGGAGGAAACACAGGAUGCCAUAGAAUAUCAGAAGCAAGUCGAUGAGAUGCUGGCUGGCUGUCUGAGUCAGGAGGAUGAGGAGGCUGUGCUAGCCGAGCUAGAGGCCAUCACUCAGGAUGAAGAUGUUCAACUUCCUGAAGUGCCCACUGAACCUUUGCCUGCGGUGCCUGAGCUAGAGCACGGGAGUAAGCCAGCUAAAGUGAAGCAGGAAGGAAUGAUCCUUCUGGCAGAGUAGCCGGAGGUCUUGUGACGCGGCUUAAUCAGGCUCUUACGUGAAGAGCAGUGCACACUGUAUACACACACUUCUUUCCCGUCAGCUCUUAACAUGAACUCGGCAUAAGCGUCGCAUGCACUGCUUUUAUUUUGUUGUGAUGAACAGCCGAUUUGAACAAAAGCACAGAGCUCGGCCGGAUCGAUUUUGCAAUCAUCACUCGAAAUCAUAUUCUUAUGAUUCACAUACUGAGUUGACUGCCAUAAUUAUGCUGUGAUAAUGAUGGCCAUUUAUACAACUGUCUCCAAUUGUGGUUGACUAUUAGAAGAUUUAUGUAAUAGAUAUCCAUUACACAAGUCUGAGUUUUUUGGGGGGGUUUUUAAUAACUACCACAGCAUGAAGGAAUUUUCAAUGAGCUAACAAAGUGACUGUGAUUUGGAGUAAAUGGUUGCAGUUCAUAUGACUUACUGUAUCUUACCUUUUUGUGUAAGUAAUGUCCAUGUCAGUAUUGGUGAAAUGUGCUUUUGGGAGUCUGUACUCUAAAUAUUCUGCUCUAAUAAUAUCUACCAGGAAGAUGUCA